GGAAUCCCAGUACCAGGCUGUGCAGCUAAAUUGGGGCUUUUCUAAUAUUUGGAUUCUAAAUCUAAAUCACUAUGAGUUGUGGUACUAAGGGUGGCGGAAGCAGUAUUGGUGGUGGCAGGAUCUGUGGUGGAGGCAGCGUCAAGAUUACAUCCUCAGGGUCCUCAAGGGGAUUUUCUGGAAAAAGUUAUGGAGGAUCCCGGAGUGGAUGUGGAGGAGGCGGCUUCAGCAGCGGUAGCUGUGGGAGAAUUAGUAGAGGGAGAAUAAGCUAUGGAGGUAGCUGCUAUGGUGGUGGCAGCUAUGGUGGGGGAAGUUAUGGUGGCUAUGGAGGAAGUGGAUAUGGUGGUGUUUGCUAUGGCGGUGGCAGCUAUGGUGGCGGUACCGACUACCCAUUCAGCAGCGGUAGUUUUGGUGGUGGUGAUGGAGGUCUCCUCUCCAGCAACGAAAAGGCAACCAUGCAGAAUCUUAAUGAUCGCCUGGCUAAUUAUCUGGACCAGGUGAAAAGACUGGAAGAUGAAAACUGUCAGCUUGAGAUCUGGAUCAAAGAAUGGUAUCAGAAGCAUGGUGAUAUUGGACCAGACAAGGACUAUGGUCACUAUUACCAAGAAAUUGACCAACUCUACAAUGAGCUGAUUGCUGAAACAGAUGAUUAUAACAAGAUUCUGCUGAAUAUAGAUAACACCAGGAUGACUGCUGAAGAUUUUAAAUUGAAAUACAACACUGAAGCUGGUCUCCGUCAGAAUGUGGAAGCUGACAUUAAUGGAUUACGCCCACUCUUGGAUCAACUCACUCUUGCCAAGUCAGAUCUGGAAAUGCAAUUUGAAUCCCUCAAAGAAGAGCUGAUAUGUCUGAAGAAGAAUCAUGAGGAGACACUGAGAGGACUCCGAAGCCAGAGAGGCCAUGGUGAUGUCAGUGUUGAGGUGAAUGCUGCCCCUGGACAAGACUUGAAACAGCGUUUAGAUCAGCUCCGGUGUGAAUAUGAAAACAUCAUUGAACAAAACCGAAAAGAGGUUGAAGUUUGGUAUGAAUCCAAGAUGGAAGAAGUUCGCCAACAAGUGAGUUCAAGUGAUCAGGAGAUAACUUCAAGCAACCAUCAUCUUUCAGAACUGAGAAGAGAGUACCAAACCCUUGAGAUUGAGCUCCAGUCUCAAAUCAGCAUGAUUCAGUCUCUGCAAACCAAUCUGGAGGAUACAGAACGUCGCUAUAACAUGCAGCUACAACAGAUUCAGGCUAUGAUUGAACCAAUAGAAGGAGAAUUGGCUAGCAUCCGGUGUGAGAUUGAAAGUCAGAAUCAAGAAUAUCAGCUGCUCCUUGGCAUCAAAACUCGUCUGGAACAGGAAAUCUGUCAAUACCGCCGUUUGCUUGAGGAAGGGCAGCAAGAAAUUGGCUCAGGAGGACAUGGAGGAGGAUAUGUAGGUGGUAGAAGAGGUGGAGGAAGCAUCAGUGGAGGAGGUGUUUGUGUAGGAGGAGGUGUCAGCGGAGGAAGCAUCGGUGGAGGAGGUGUUUGUGUAGGCGGUGGUGUCAGUGGAGGAAGCAUCGGUGGAGGAGGCAUCUGCAUAGGAGGAGGACAUAGUGGAGGAGGAAUUUCUUCACGUCCUCAGUCCUAUCCCACGUCUUCACAUUCUCAGGCGUGCAAAACAGGACUCGGAAGAAAAUCUUGUGACUGAUACUUCCAAAUUCCUCCAAGAAUUUCUAUGAUCAAAAAAGAUCAUAUCUGCUCAAAUUCUCUGCAUAAAUCCUCGCAAUAGAUAGGUCUCUGCUCUUCCAUUUCUAUGUCAAUGACCAUCACAAAAGAUUUCUGUUUCCACUUAAUCCUUGUGUCAUCCA